GAAGUUUCUCCUACUUGGCUGAAUUCAUGUUAAAACACAGUAAUGUUGAGUCGUUUUAGAAAUAUUACGACUAAGUGUUCACUCCUCUCGUUGCUGUGGUGCGUUAACAACCGACUAACUGCUGUGUUGUUGUGUGGUUCUUGUUUAAUAAUAAAUAAAUGGACAUGACCUUAUUCCCUUGGGGUUUUGGUUCACCUCAGCUGCUCUAGAAUUGGUCGCAUGUAACUGUCGAGCUGUUUCAUUCAUGGCAUUGUUGCCUUGCUGAGUUUUAGUCCAACUUUUUCGGCACCGUCGCAAACAUUAAUCUGCAUUUCACUACCAUGUUGUGUGUUUACCUUGCGGUUUAAUCAUCAGAGCUGUCAGUGAGUGUUUUCUUUUAAGCAACAUAUGUUCUAAGUGAACCCAGUGAGUAUGCUCUUAUGUUGACAUUUAUCAGAGAAAGUGUGGGGGGCCGUUUGACUGUUUUUGAAGCCUACAACAUGUUGUAAACUAUUUAAUUAGGUGUAGUCACUUUCUCUGUAUGUGCUGAACUCCACCUUGCGCCACACACCGACCUUGCUAAAUAGUGUGUUAGGUGUGUAAGUCUAUUUGACCUUUGGUGUGGCUGUUGGCUUAUUGGGAGUCUAGUUUGACAUACAAAAUCCUUAACAUCUGAUGUUUACAUAAGCCUUUUUGUAUCAGGAAUACCAGCGUAUCUCUAGUGGCAUAAGGAAGUUUUAAUCUUCGUAGAUCAUCAGCAAGAUGCUUCACUUGCCACUUUGUUUGUCAGUAAACGUUUAGGAAUUGGUUUUAUGGCCUUUUAUAGCAGGGCUGGAGAGAUAGGAAGGAGAGGUUAUAUUUCAUUUAACAGUGAUGCAGGUUUCAAGUCAGUGUGUACCUUAAGCCAGAUGACCUCCAGAAAUAUCUUUUUUUUUUUUCAAACAUUUAAAAUUAUAUUUAAAUGACACUAUUUAUGAUUUAUGUUUAUGUUUUUUCUGUGUAAGGGAAAUGAAUAAAAAAAUAUCCAGUCAGUCAUAAAUCACUGUUUUAUGAAUGUUCACGGAGAUACUGAGGCAUGUUCCCCUGUAGUUCCUAAGAGUAGAAUCUGUUUGCAGUUGUGGUAUUUCUGACAAUGCAAACAACUGCAAAUGUUUUAUUUGCAUCUCCUCUGCCCUGACAAUCUGCCCUCCCCUUAGAGUACACAUUAAAUCUUCUCACAUGACACCAUCCUGUUUUUUACCCUCUACAUAUCCUGGUGCACAGCCAUGCACUCUACUACCAUUUAUAUAAGUUUACUGGUUGUGCUGCAUGAAGCUAAGAAUUUAUGUUUUCCCCUUCCUCAGAAACAUUAACGUUUUUCAUAGAAAUAUGUAAAAUAACAUGCCGUCAUAUGAGAUACCUCAAAAAUCUUAUUGCGUGUGGACCUAUCUGACACCUGUUCACAGCAGCUGGAGAUAAUGCGCGCAGUCACAGCUUAGUUUGUUCUGCAUCUCAUGUUUGACAUGGGAGGACCUGUAUGUUCAGCUUCUCACAAUAUCUCGCAGCAAGAAGUGAGAACAUCCAAAGUGUCUUUUUUUAAUUAAUUCUGGGUCAUCAAGAAAGUAAAUGUCUCUGAUUACGCCUAAAACUGAUGGUAUCUGAUGGUAGUUGUCAACUAUUAAAUUAACCAGCAGGUAUUUUCAUAAUUAAUUAAUAGUUUUGAGUCAUUUUCUAAGAAAAGAAAAGUCAAAAUUCUCAGAUUUCAGCUUCGCAGGUGUGAAUAUUUUCUGGUUUAUUUUUUCCUCAAUGACAAUAAACUGAUUAUCUUUGGGUUGUGAACAAAAGACAUUUAAGGACGUCACCCUGGGCAGUGUUCAACAUUUUUUGACAUUUUACUGACCAAACAACUAAUAUCUACUCUAAUGAUCGAUUAAAUUAUUGACUAAUAAAUUGAUAAUGAAAAUGACCAGUCGUUGCAGCCUUAGUUGAAAUACUUGGGGCUGUAAAUAAUAAUAACUUUCAGUUAAUUGACUCAUCAUUUAGAGAAAUUUUUUUAAAAAAGCGAAAAAAGCACAACCACCUACAGUCUGUGGUGACUUCUUUAAAUAUCUUGGGGGGUUUCGAUAUUCAGUUUACAAUGAUAUUGUUAACUCACUGAGAAGCCGGAAGCAGAAAAUGGUUGGCUUUUUUUCCUCCACUAUUUCUGGUUGAAAAUGACUCAUUGAUUCAUUGAUUAUAAAAAUAGUUACAGAUUUUUUUUGUUGAUUUUGUUGAGCUUUGCUUCUCCUGUCUCCUGGACAAAGUGAAACAUUCAAUAUCAAAUGUCAAACUAUGAAGUCAGCCUGUGUAUAUACAGCCUGUAUUUAAUGAUAGACACAUACACCAGUUCUCUACUCAUACCUGCAGUAAUGUCUAAGUGGCUGAAUGAUGGGGAAGUGCUGGUGGGUCAAGGCAGAGGUGAGGCAGUACCAGUGAGCCCCAAACCUCGGGCCCUACCAGCUGGGAGCCCCAUGCCAAGCAGGGGACGCAGUCAACUGGCUUCACCCAGAGAGGCGGUGCCAGGAAGCCCUCAGGCAGAGACCAUGGGCAAGGCCAAGGAGCUGUUUGUGCUGUGUGACAAAGAGGGGAAAGGUUUUAUCACAAAGCGGGAUAUGCAGAGGCUCCAAGGGGAGUUGCCGCUUUCCCCUGAACAGCUGGAGACGGUGUUUGAGAGUCUGGACCGACGGAGCAACGGAUUCCUCACUCCCGUUGAGUUCAACACAGGACUUGGUGAGUUUGUGGGGCUGGAGGACACAACUGAGCUGAGUCAAGAUGAAGCAGAAGAGGAUAUGGACCGGAUGUACUGGGCCCAAGACCCCACUGCAGUUAGAUUUGUAAACAUACUGAUGGAGCUGGGUGCUGACAAACUCUUCAAAGAUCAGCAGGAGUUAUGCUCUCUGUGGUGUGACCUCCAGCGAGACAGACCAGAGCUGGUUGACGCCCUCGAAGGCGUACUGAUCCACGCAGUGUCCCAUUUACAGGACUCCAUCAGAGAGAGAGAUAGUCUUGAACAAGCUCUACGCAGACGGGAGAGCGAACAUGAUCAGGUUAUUCGGUCCAUAUAUGAAGAAAUGGAAAGCCAAAUCCGAGAGGAGAGAGAGAAACGCCUGGCUCAGGACAGUAUUAAACAUAAGCAGAGAGGGCGGAAACUUGAGGAGGAGCUGAAGAUGCGUGAGCAAGAGUUGGAGAGUACACUGAUCAAACAGAAAGAGCUGGAGACCAAAAUCCGGCAGCUGAGCUGUGAACAGGCAAACAUCAAGGAGCAGAACCAGCAGCUGCGGAGCCUCAACGCCCAGUUACUGGAGCAGGUGGAGAGCAGCAGAGAGCAGCUGCAGGCCGCUCUGGGUCAGCUCAGCCUGCUGCAGCACGACGCUACCCAGGAACAAGAGACCAGAAAGAGUAAUGUGAUGAAGGUUUCGAGGAACAUGCAGAAAGAGAAGGAUAGUCUCUUGAGACAACUGGAGCUUUUGAGGGAUAUGAACAAAAGACUGCGCGAUGAGAAAGAUGCCCAACAGUCUCAGAAGAGGACUCCAAAUGUCACAAAGAGUUUGCAGAAGAAAGGGUCAGUCAUAGGUAACUACUUACUGCAAGACAAUCCAUUGAAAAGACAGCGGAGCUCAUCUGAUGAGUUGGAGCAGGACAAAGUCAAAGAGGUGACAAAUUCAUCCAACAGGCAGCAACCGUCAUGUAGAGUCAGUUGUGAAAAUGUUGAACAGAUGCAAAAUCAGUGCAGAAUUGUCAGUCCUCAGCGAGUGUUCAAGGUGGUUUUCCUGGGUAACUCAGGAGUGGGUAAGACCUCCUUCAUCCAGCACUACAGCACAGGACACUUCUGCAGCAAUAUCAGCGCUACUGUUGGUAUAGAUUUCCAGAUGAAGUCUUUAACUCUGGGCUCCACCACCAUCACCCUGCAGCUGUGGGACACUGCAGGACAGGAGAGGUUUCGCAGCAUCACUGAGCAGUACUACCGUAAGGCUGACGGUAUCCUCAUCAUGUAUGACCUAACUCACUCCCCCUCCUUCACCGCCGUGAGAGGAUGGAUGGACUCAGUGAAGGAGAAGAUGUGUGAAGGUGCGGUACUGAUGCUGCUGGCGAACAAGCUGGACCUGGUAGUCAACAGUCACAGCAGAAAAGUGACAACUGAGGAGGGUCAGAGACUAGCAGAGCAACACCAAGCUUUGUUUUACGAGUGCAGCGCCAAAACUGGAUGUAACAUGGACGAGGUGAUGACUGAUCUGGCCGGGAUGUUAGUGUCCCAGCAUGAUCGACAAUGUGAAGAUGCACUCUUGCUGACUGAGGACAUCGCUACAAGACGCUGCUGUACAUGAACAGAAGAAGAAAGAUAUCAGCUCCAUGGUUGACGGGAGUUAUGAGGGAUGUUGACGAGUCACUUUUUACUGAGUCAAGUUUACUGAACACUAUCUGUAAUGUUUUCCUAUGUUGUUAUGUAUCUUUAUAAUCCAUCCAAUAAAUUAUAUUUUUGAUGA